AUGCCACGACAGCAAGCAGCAACUGUUUAUUCCGACAAAGUCGAACAUAAACCCCUCCUCCUCCACCCUACACACUCCUCAGACGCUCGUGCACAAAGACGGAAAGGACGGCUAAAUAAGUUGUGGAGACAUGGGGCGAAACGGAAACCCACACCUCUCUCCGCCGCGGAGAAGAGGGAGAUGAAGGUGUACGACAUCCCACAAGAGGCACAGAGAUAUGAGAUCUACGAACCUCUGAACGUGCUAUGGAGAGGAUAUAUCAGGGAAGUGUUGGGAACGGGGUUCAAGGUCAGCUCAUCAGGCGCCAUGCCCAAGCUGCUGAAGGCGGACAUGCACGGUGCGAUCCUCAAGGUGGUACAGUCAAAAUGUCCAUCACGAGUAGGAGUCGAAGGAAUCUGUGUGAAGGAAACAAAGAAUGCUUUCGUGCUGGUCACAAAAGGCAAUAACAUGAAAACAAUCCCAAAGGAAGCGUCUAUUUUCUCACUUGAAAUCGACGUAACAGCUGAAGGACCGCCACAGGAAGAGAACAAGCUUGUGUUUGAGAUUUUUGGGAACCAGUUUGCUUACAGGUCUGCUGAACGUGUGGGAAAGAAGUUCAAGGGAAGACCGACGGUGGAGCUCUAG